AUGGGUAGGAAACAAUUUUUUGCACAGCGAGACGAGCUCGCUAAGAAGAAGCGCCGAGAGCGAUUGGAAAAGAGUGGAUAUGUCUUCGGAGCACAUGCACAUGAAGAUGCGAUUCGAGACAAAGACAAGAGGAUCGAGAAGACCAAGAGGAUGUACAAGGAACACGCGGAACUAUGGAAGAAUCCCAAAUGGGAAGGAAAACCUAACUCUACUCCUAGAUUUGUUGAGCAAAACAGGAUAGAAGGCUACGGGACAGGCGUAAAUCCCAGUCCUCCGAGUUAUCAGCUCAUCAAGGAGUUUGUCCGUUGUACAUUCAUUUCGCCAAAGGACGACUCAGCGAGAAUGGACGACCAUGUUCCGCGCUACGGACCAUCCCUGCGCUCCGCGAUGAUCAGCAUUAGAAGUAGACGACACCACAUAUGCAGUUUUCUCAUUGGACACGUUCUACCUCUGAUGACGCAGGAGCUCAAAGCGCGCCAAUAUGAAGGCAAAAGGCACCUGCAUGACGCAGAACAAAGUUUCGAGUUAUCUCAGCAUAAUGGCCGUGUGGAAUCAGUAGGAAAGCGGUGUGUUUCUCGUGUGAUAUCUGUGUGA